AUGACAUCGUUAUCGUCGAGCAUCCUGAUUGUUCUCUUCACAAUUCUUUUUGUUUCAAUCAAUGGAAUUUCCACUUUAGAAGUCACAGAGUCAUCCGACAUAAAGCAGUCAUCAGCCCAAGGAGUUGCUCCAACUCCAUUCCAAGUUGCCACUUCGCCCCAUCCAUUCUCCCGUCAAAUCGCUGCUCCGUCGAGAAUUCAACGUAGAUCAAUCACUCCAGUCCCAAUCCGUGCUCACCGUGUCUACCAUCACUAA